GGAACAUAACAUACUAUGGGAUGGACAUGCAGGAAUAUCUUGGUGGAUAAACCCAAUGAUCAGUCCUCAAGGUGGUCUUCAGAAAGCAAUUAUCCCCCCCAGUAUUUGAUUCUGAAACUUGAAAGACCUGCCAUAGUCCAGAGCAUCACGUUUGGCAAAUAUGAGAAAACACACGUCUGCAAUUUAAAGAAGUUUAAAGUUUUUGGUGGGAUGAAUGAGGAGAAUAUGACAGAUCUCUUAUCCAGUGGCUUAAAGAAUGAUUAUAACAAAGAAACAUUCACCUUGAAGCAUAAAAUUGAUGAACAGAUGUUCCCCUGUCGAUUCAUUAAGAUAGUUCCACUCUUGUCCUGGGGGCCUAGCUUCAAUUUUAGUAUCUGGUAUGUUGAACUUAAUGGCAUUGAUGAUCCAGAUGUGGUCCAGCCGUGCCUCAACUGGUACAGCAAGUACCGUGAACAGGAAGCCAUUCGCCUUUGCCUAAAGCAUUUUCGGCAGCACAACUACACCGAGGCUUUCGAGUCGCUGCAGAAGAAAACCAAGAUUGCUCUGGAGCACCCCAUGUUGACAGACCUCCACGACAAGCUGGUGUUGAAGGGAGACUUUGAUGCUUGUGAAGAACUGAUAGAAAAAGCUGUGAACGAUGGCUUAUUCAAUCAGUAUAUCAGUCAGCAAGAGUACAAACCUCGCUGGGGGCAGAUUAUCCCCAAAAGCACCAAAGGUGAUGGGGAAGACAGUCGACCAGGGAUGAGAGGUGGCCAUCAGAUGGUUAUAGAUGUGCAGACAGAAACUGUUUAUUUGUUUGGUGGCUGGGAUGGAACUCAGGAUCUGGCUGACUUCUGGGCAUACAGUGUGAAGGAAAACCAGUGGACCUGCAUAUCCAGGGAUACUGAGAAAGAGAGUGGUCCCAGUGCCAGAUCUUGUCACAAGAUGUGCAUUGACAUCCAGCGAAGGCAGAUCUACACGCUGGGCCGUUAUCUGGAUUCCUCUGUGAGGAACAGCAAGUCCCUGAAAAGUGACUUCUAUCGCUACGACAUCGACACCAACACUUGGAUGUUACUGAGCGAGGACACUGCAGCUGAUGGAGGCCCCAAGCUGGUGUUUGAUCAUCAGAUGUGUAUGGAUUCUGAAAAACACAUGAUCUAUACCUUUGGAGGCCGAAUCCUGACCUGCAAUGGCAGUGUGGAUGACAGCAGAGCCAGUGAGCCACAGUUCAGUGGGUUGUUUGCUUUCGACUGCCAAUGCCAGACAUGGAAACUUCUGCGAGAGGAUUCCUGCAAUGCUGGACCCGAGGAUAUCCAGUCCCGGAUAGGACACUGUAUGUUGUUCCAUUCUAAAAAUCGCUGCUUGUACGUGUUUGGUGGCCAGAGAUCAAAGACUUACUUGAAUGACUUCUUCAGCUAUGAUGUGGACAGUGACCACGUGGACAUUAUAUCAGAUGGCACGAAGAAAGAUUCAGGGAUGGUUCCAAUGACAGGGUUCACUCAAAGGGCCACCAUUGAUCCGGAACUGAACGAAAUCCACGUCUUGUCAGGGCUCAGUAAAGACAAGGAGAAGCGGGAAGAGAAUGUAAGGAAUUCAUUCUGGAUUUAUGACAUUGUGAGGAACAGCUGGUCAUGUGUCUAUAAGAAUGACCAAGCAGCAAAAGAGAAUCCAGGUAAAAGCCUCCAGGAAGAGGAGCCCUGCCCAAGGUUUGCCCAUCAGCUGGUGUAUGAUGAGUUGCACAAGGUUCAUUACUUAUUUGGAGGGAAUCCUGGUAAAUCCUGCUCUCCCAAGAUGAGAUUAGAUGAUUUCUGGUCUCUGAAGCUCUGUCGACCUUCAAAGGAAUACCUGCUAAGACACUGCAAAUACCUCAUCAGAAAGCACAGGUUUGAAGAAAAAGCUCAGACUGACCCUCUUAGUGCACUGAAGUACCUGCAGAAUGACCUGUAUGUGACUGUGGAUCACUCGGACCCCGAGGAGACAAAAGAGUUUCAGCUUCUUGCCUCAGCAUUAUUUAAGUCUGGCUCGGAUUUCACGACUCUUGGAUUUUCAGAUGUUGACCACACGUAUGCCCAGAGAACUCAGCUGUUUGACACACUAGUCAACUUCUUUCCAGACAACAUGACCCCUCCUAAAGGCAACCUGGUGGACCUCAUCACGCUGUAAUGGAGCAAUCACUGGACACGUGGAAGAGGAAAAAAAAGCAUCCAUUUUCAGUAUUUUAAUUUUUUUACUGCAUUGAUUGACUGCUGGGAUGAAGUUAAUAUAGUAACCCCUAGGUGUUUGAAAGGGGUUUUAUACUUGUAUGGUGAAUCCCUGGAGCUUUUCCCUUGGAGUAGGUUAAUAAAAUGUAACUGACGUACUUCUGACUAAAUAUAUA